CAGUUACAGUGUUUCUCUUCCACCUACUCAACAGUCAAACAGUCACUCGUUUCAAUACCAUUCCAUUGCCAAAUCAUUCUUACCGAAGCUCUCUCUCAAGAUGGCCGUCUUAUCCUCAUUCCAUUGUUGCCUCCUCUUUUUUCUCUUCAUUGCCUUAGUCAAUUCUCGUAAACUCAAACUCCGAACUGAGCUGGAUGAAUCUCUAACAUAUUUAUGGCCGUUGCCGUCGGAAUUCACCUCCGGAAACGAAACUCUCACCGUCGAUCCUAACAUCUCUCUAUCCCUCACCGGAAAUGGAGGUAGCUCUGUGAUCGUCAAAGAAGCGUUUGAGCGAUACAAGAAUAUCAUAUUCAAGCAUGGCUCCAAGGUGUCGACGUCCGGCGAUUAUGAUAUCAAGCAACUUAGUGUUAUUGUUCAUUCUGACAACGAAGAGUUACAACUUGGUGUGGAUGAGAGUUACACUUUGAUGGUGGCUAAAGUUAAUGAGCAUUCGGUUGUUCCUGGAAUUUCCAUUGAGGCAAAUUCUGUAUAUGGUGCUGUUCGGGCAUUAGAGACAAUGAGCCAGUUGUGUGCUUUUGAUUAUGUGGCAAAAGCUGUGCUAGUACAGAAGACGCCCUGGUUCAUCAAUGACAAGCCGAGAUUUGUGUACCGUGGGCUGUUACUUGAUACUUCAAGACACUUUUUGCCUAUUGACAUGAUCAAGCAAGUUAUUGAAUCCAUGGCAUAUGCUAAACUUAAUGUUCUGCAUUGGCACAUCAUAGAUGAAGAGUCAUUUCCUCUAGAAGUGCCUACAUAUCCUAAUUUGUGGAAAGGGGCGUAUACAAAGAUGGAGCGCUAUACUGUUGAAGAUGCAAAAGACAUUGUAAACUUUGCAAAAAUGAGAGGCAUCAAUAUUAUGGCAGAGGUAGAUGUACCGGGCCAUGCAGAAUCAUGGGGCAAAGGAUAUCCUGAUCUUUGGCCUUCACCUACUUGUAGAGAGCCUUUGGAUGUUUCCAAAAACUUUACUUUUGAUGUGGUAUCAGGAAUCCUGGCAGACAUGAGGAAAAUAUUUCCAUUUGAGCUCUUUCAUUUGGGUGGUGAUGAGGUCCAUACAGAUUGUUGGAACUCUACUCCGCAUGUGAAGCAAUGGCUUGAAGAUCAUAAUAUGACCCCUAAUGAUGCAUAUCAAUAUUUUGUGCUCAGAGGUCAAGAAAUAGCAAUAUCUCAGAACUGGACACCUGUCAACUGGGAGGAAACCUUUAACGCAUUUGCAUCCAGACUCAACCCACAGACAGUGGUGCAUAAUUGGUUGAGGUCUGGGGUCUGUCCAAAGGCUGUUGCUAAAAACUUCAGAUGCAUUUAUAGCAACCAAGGUGUCUGGUAUCUUGACCAUCUAGAUGUUCCCUGGGAUGAGGUUUAUUUUGCAGAUCCUUUGGAAGAUAUAAAUGAUACUGAACAGCAAAAACUCGUGCUUGGAGGAGAAGUGUGCAUGUGGGGGGAAACCGCUGAUUCCUCAAAUGUUCAAGAAACCAUAUGGCCACGUGCUGCAGCUGCAGCAGAGCGUUUAUGGAGCUAUAAGAAGACAGGAGCUUCAGGGAGUAAAACAUCUGUAGCAUUACAGAGGUUGGAAUAUUUCAGAUGCCUGUUGACAAGGCGAGGGGUUCAAGCUGCUCCCGUUACCAAUAAUUACGCGAGGAGCGCUCCAACAGGUCCAGGGUCAUGUUAUGUGCAGUAGUAGGCUUUUUGUUGGGCUUAGCAAACCAUGAUUUGAUCUUGCUAACUAUGGUGCCCCGCUGUAAACAGUUACGUGUGUAAAACUGAUUUGUUUGAAAAGCAUAAUAAAGCACAGGUGCCUAAUUUAAAAUUUUCAACACUUGCCGCUUCGAAGUCAAAUCUCCUACGAUAUA